AUGUUCCCAACCACAACCUCCGACAUCGCUUCCAUCGCCACCAGUGCCGCCAUCAUCUUCGGCAUGUACAAACUCGACCGGGGCGCCCAGCGCCAGCGAGGCCUCAUGGAGGGACCUGGCGACUUACAAGACCAGCAGAUCGACGAGUUCAUGAAGAGAUGUGGAAAACUCUCAGCGCUCUGCACCUUUGCCACUGCCGGAAAUGGCGCAUUUCUGUACAAUAUGGGCGGUGGUGCUUUAAGCUGGGUGCUUUAA